AUGCCAACAAAAGGUAUGUUCACUUUUUGUACAAUGCUUCUAAGAACAGCUUUCCAUCAUAUUUAUAUACCCGCUAAAUAACUUAAAUAGUUUUCGUAUUUAUCAGAGAACAGGCCUGAGCAUGUCACUUAACAGUAUAAUAUAUUUUCGUCAAGUCAUAGUAUUUUAAAAUAACCAGCUUUGUACAAUUAUGUUGUACAGUAUAUAUGGUGCUUAUAUCACAUGAUAAAAGUUACACAUUUGAAAUGUUUUGCAACAAAGUAAUGGGUAAUCUAAUUUAUGAUAUAAUAUUUCUUUUGAUAUAAUAUUUAACUAGUUUUACAGUAAUAUCUCAGUAUUACAAUAAUUGAUCUAUUAAUAGUUAGUUAAUGUGCCUUUUACCACUAAAACAGAGGUCUUGAUUCAUGUAGCUUUGUCUGGGUACUUGGGUCUUCUGUAUAGUAACAGCCAGUGGCCCAAUAAUUAAGGGAUGUCCAUUCCUGGACUUCUACAGAGAUCAAUUUAGAACUGAUAGAGCUAUCCAGCAUAAACAGAGUUUGGUCCAGGUUCCUCUCUUCUUGUCAGAAGAAUGCAUUCUUCUGAAGAUGACUUAAAUUAUAGUCGAAACGUAAAGAAUGAAAAUGUUUAAAAUUUCCGUAGUGUCUAUUGUUUUGUGUUUUAUUAAAAUACUCUAUGGCAACCACAUUUUUUUUAUCCAAUGUAAAUAGAGUUAGUUUAGUUUUGGUUUACUCCUGUAGUGUAAGGACAAAUAAGCAAUGAUCCUUACUAAACCACAACAAAUGGAUAAAUAUUCAGGUAAAAUUAAUAACAUUGCUUGGCCAACAAUAACUCAAAAUUAUUUUGCUUAUAGAAAACUGCCACAAAAAAGUUCGAUUUGAUUUGACGGACCAGAGCCUGGAAUGCCAGCUGAGAUUUGCGGCAAAGUACGGAUCAUUGCACAAAAUUAAUCAACUUGUAAGAGUCCAACAUGCUGAUAUCAACGCUCCUAACUACAACUGUCAUACGCCACUGAUUAUAAGCAUCCUAAAUAACCAAAUUGAAAGUGUGCGACUCUUAUGCAAAUUUGGUGCGGACGUCAACUACACCGCGGACAAAAUACAUGGAUACUGCCCUCUGCAUUUUGCUGCUGAACAAGACAAUGGUGACAUUAUCAAACUCUUGAUUGAAUAUGGAGCAUUGUUAAAUGCUCAGACGUUCACAGGGUGCACCCCUCUACAUUUAUCUGCAAUGAACGGCAACCUGGACGCGACAAGGUGGUUGUGCCUAAACGGAGUGAACGUUAACAUCUCCGAGUUUUAUAACGGUUACACACCUUUACAUUAUGCAAUGGUGCGUGGCCACAAAAACAUUGUGCGACUACUACAGGAAUUUAACGCAACGCUUAACGACCAGCAUUUUCAAAGCCACUCGCUUUUAACCAUGUGUCAUAAAGCACUUUGGAGAUAUCUUUAUAACACGAAAACUGAACCCAAAAUCUUGGAGCAUAUGUGCCUUCAUGUUAUAAGGAAAAAUUUUCUGCAACAAAAUGCGUACAAAAACGCAUCACGGCUGCCGUUGCCUAGAUGUUUGAUAGAAAAAAUUUUGUUAGAAGAAUAUACCAAAUUGUGCGAGAGCUAA